GGCUGACAAACCUGCAAGUCCCGUUUCAAUCAGGCGAAAGACCCAACAGCGGAUUGGGAAGCACGCGCCAUAGGCAGACCUUGAUUUCAUGAAACUUCCAUGAAAUCGGCCGUCACCCUAAACAAAGAGGGCCGACUUGUUGCCCACGUUUCAAAAGUUUACAGCUUGUCCUCCCAAUUCAUUAGGUUUUCUGUAAAGUGUAGAAGCCCACGCUUUUUCCAGGUUACUUCCAUGUCUCGUUCUCUGAGAGAGACACCGUUCUAGAGGGAGAGAGAGAAACAGUGGUUCAGAAAAUAUGGGUGCUCUUGCUCCUAUCACGCCAUGGAAACCUGAAGAUGAUCUUUUGUUAAAGAACGCAGUUGAGGCUGGUGCAUCCUUGGAAUCACUUGCUAAAGGUGCAGUGCAAUUUUCUCGACGAUUUACAGUUCGGGAACUGCAAGAUCGGUGGCAUUCUCUCCUCUAUGAUCCUGUUCUUUCUGGAGAAGCUUCUGCUCGCAUGAUUGAAUUUGAACGUUCUGCUUCAACUCUUCCAUCAAAAUUUAAUAGAUUUGGAAAUUCAAAAGAAAACAAAUGUGUUCCUGGGAAGAGAAAAGCUGAAACUAUCCGUAGUUGCUACUAUGCCUUGCGUAAAAGGAUCUGCAACGAGCCUUUUAACUCUAUGGAUCUAAGUUUUCUGGUUGCUCCCAGUAACAGUAAUUGUGUUGGAAAUGGAGAUGAGCCUGUAUCUCCAAAUUACAUGCUCGAAGAUCCAAUAUCAAAUCAUUUCAGAACUCAGGAACCAAGCUUGGAUAUCAUGCAUUGUGCUUUUCCUCAAAUGGUGACAGAUAAUGCUGCUGCCAGUGGUGCUGGAACCAGUGCCCAUGGAUUUCAUGCAGCAGUCCAGAAUCCAGUAAAAGAAGAUCUUCCUAUUGAGCAGAACUCUAUACAUAAAGAGAUUCCUCAAAUUCUUGGAGAAAACUUGCCUCAUACUGGGAAUUGCUCUGGGAUUGAUGAAUUAGGUGAACCAAAAGAAUUGCUUGCCUGCAACCUGUUUGAAGCUGAUGAUUUAGAGGCAAAACCUCCCUCUACUUUUGAUCUAAUUAAUAGUGAUCUUGGCAAUGUGUGCUCUGAAUUUGGAGGAAACCAGGCCUUCGACUUGCCAGGUUCAGAUUGUGGUGCUUCAUUUGACAAUUUAGGGUAUUCAUCUCCACUUCCUGGGAUGCCAAUCUGGGACACGGUUGAGGGUAUUUCAGCCCCGGAUAUUCCAGUUGAUGCAAGCCUUGGAAAAAAAGAUCACCAUACAGAAGAUACAUUUGCACUUCCUAAUGAUGGUCAUGCUAAGAUCAAUAGUGUAUCCGGAUAUGAUGUUGUGCCCUCAGAAACCAAGUUAAAAAACUCAAUGCCAUGUGACCAAUUGAACAAUUCUAGCCCAGACGGUUAUUUAGCGGAACUAUCCAAUUCUCUUUUGGACUUUCCCAAUGAUGAGCUCCUUUUCAUGGAUGUUGAUGGAAAAGAUAUAAUUGAUAAAUCUUACUAUGAUGGUUUGAACUCACUUUUGUUGAGUUCUCCUACUGACAGUAAUCAAGAUCAUGUGCCUGAUAUAACCGAACCUGAAGCAUCAGUAGGUCCAGAUGCAUAUCUAGUGAUUCCUCAGGGUGCCUGCGCUGGGGAACUAGAUAACAAUGGGAGCAUCCAUUGUGGUGAUGGACAUGCUGAUUGCAAUCCAGAGGCACCAAUGCUAUCAACUGCAGUGGAUUUAAACCCUCAAUUUCCUGAGAUGUGUAAUGGAGUUAUUUGCUGCGCAUUAAACACUGAGGACCCAGAUAUUCCAUGCAAUGAUGAUGUUUUUCUGCCUAAUCAGAUUCCCUUAUCACCUCUUUCAUCUGCAGCCCAACUAAGUUUUCAUGAAGCUAAUAACCCAACUUCUUCAGCUGUUAAGGAUUUCACAGAUAAUCAAAAGAGUAGUGAAAGAUGCCCAAGCCUGCUUAAGAGAGAACUGAAAAGCCCUGGACAAUCCCAUGUAUCUUCCCGGAUGAAAGGAUCACAGGCGUUGAGCAAAAUAGGUCUAAACCAUCCAGUUGGUGAUUGUGACAUUAAAUUUGAGUUGACUGAAAGCGACUCCACACACAUGGCAUCUAGAAGUGCAGGUCUUGUUUGUGGCAAUUCAAGUCUCAACCCAGUUAAUGUUAAAGCACACACUCCUCUUCCUAAAAUGCUGAAGGAAGAGACUAAAGAAAUUAAACCAGCUAGGCAAAUGAGCUACAACUCAACUGAUUCUUUCAUGGAGAAGCCGGUUCAUGGUUUUGAUGGCUUUAGAAGCUAUCCCCAGACAAAUGCUUGUGGCAUUAAACAGGAAGUAGAUGCUAUAUCUACAGCUCAGAACCAUCAAGCAUUAGAUUUUGCUGCACUGGACCCAGUAGUGAACCCCUCAUCACCUGAUCAGGAAGAACAACCUAUUGAGAGUGAUGAUGACAUACCAUAUGUUUCUGAUAUUGAAGCAAUGAUACUUGAUAUGGACUUGGAUCCAGAUGACCAAGAGUAUUGCCGUGGGGAAGUCUCAAGAUACCAGUAUGAGAACACUAAGAGGGCUAUCAUAAGGCUGGAGCAGGGUGUCCAUUCUUAUAUGCAAAGAACCAUUGCAACCCAUGGGGCAUUUGCUGUUUUAUAUGGACGCCAUUCAAAGCAUUAUAUUAAGAAACCAGAGGUUCUACUCGGUAGAGCCACAGAAGAUGUUACUGUUGACAUUGACUUGGGAAGAGAAGGCUGCGCAAAUAAAAUAUCUCGUCGGCAGGCAAUCAUAAAAAUGGAAAGAGGUGGAUCAUUCUCUCUAAAAAAUCUUGGCAAGCGGGCCAUCUUAAUGAAUGGCAAGGACGUAGCCCCUGGUGAGAGUGUAAGCCUUACUUGUGGCUGUUUGAUUGAGGAGUGUUUGGAUAGAAGGAGCCCAUGGCAACAAUUUCAAAGACUAAUGGCUAUACAAUUUUGAAGAUAUUUGAACAUGAGUUCUAUAAGGGGAAUGCCUUUCAUAUUUGAAACUAAUCAAAACUCGUGUCAAGCUGUAUGCGGAUAACAUUAGCAGGGAAAGCCAAACCCCAGAGCAUAAAGCUUGAAGAGUUGAUUAGGCUCAAUCCGUUGGAGUGCUAUCAGAAGGUGCUCCUUUUUACUGCACUUUCUGGGUUUCAUGGGUGUACUACAGCCCAUCUGUUGUAUGUAUUUAUUUCUUUUAGAAGGCAAGACUAGCAUCUGUUUCCUGUUUCCCAGUGUUAGAAUAGAGCUACCAUAUGAUAGAACAUCUUCUAGAAAGCUCACAACAUUCGGCAGGACAUAUAUAGGGUAUAUGGGGUUGCGUCUAAGCGAUUGCAUCACCCAUGAAGGAGCUCGGUAACCACCCCACCUGCGGAAUUUUGCUGGACAAUGCUGAUACAAGAUGUCAGAUGUGAAUGAUUUCGAUUUGGCAGCCACAGAAUGCUUUGUAAAUGACUUGUUUUUAUAUGAUAGGUCAUUUUCUUCUA